UUGAAACCGCGCGGCGUAAGUUAGCCUUUUGACUUCGUAGGCCAGGCGGAGCCAGUCAAUGGGAAAUAAUUAUUAAGCUUAUACAGUCGAGUAGUUUCUAGUUGCCAUGCACCUAAGACGGACUGUAUAUUCUGUUUAUGGGUUACUGGAAAGGAUUUCUCGAGUGUGAUGGUGCUUAUUCGACGGCUGCCAGCAGACGAAAAGUUUCUUGAAUCAUGAAUGUUGUUGAAUGGUCAUGUUACAGGCAGCAUCAUGGCGAGGUUCGGUGUUUUGUCUUAAUUCAUAAGUUUAUACAGGUAAUGUACUCAAGCUGACCAAAGGUGCAGAGGGACAAAAUUAAGUAUGGGAACUCACUUCACCAACUUUAGCAAUGGAUAUGUGCUUGAGAUAAUUCCAGCAGGCCAGUCACGGUGUGAGUCAUGGCUACUACUUCCAGCAGAGAACCUCUGGUCAAAAGAACUUCGUGGAUUUCUCUACAUUGUGGCCAUGAUAUAUUUUUUCAUGGGCAUUGCUAUAUCCUCAGAUGCUUUCAUGUGCAGUAUUGAGGUCAUCACAAGCAAGAAGAGAACCAUUGUACGUUGGGAUGAGGAGAAACAAGAGAAAGUCGAGAGAGAAAUUCUUAUAUGGAAUGAAACAGUUGCAAAUUUAACAUUGAUGGCACUUGGAAGCAGUGCACCUGAAAUUUUAUUAGCUACCAUUGAAGCUGCUCUCAGACUCGGUAUUGAAGAAAGUGGGGACUCAUUAGGUACAUUCACAAUCAUUGGUAGUGCUGCAUUUAAUUUGUUAAUUAUUACAGCAAUAUGUAUUGUGAGUGUUCCUACACCAUUUGUGAAAAGCAUAAAAGAAUUGGGAGUUUUUGUCUUGACAUCAAUCUGGUCAAUCUGGGCAUAUGUGUGGAUGUUACUGGUGGUAGCCUAUAUUACUCCUAAUGUGGUAGACCCAUGGGAAGCCUGGCUGACAUUGUGUUUCUUCCCCAUGUUUGUCCUCAUGGCCUAUUGUCAAGACAGUGGUUGGUGGUGCAAGAAGAAGAGAGUGGAGGGCAUUGAAAGUGGAGAGGAAGAUGAUGAUGAAAUGAAUGUUCGAGUGGUGAUGAGCAACCAGCAGAGCUCUCUGACUGGCCAUGUGCCAAAGGAACUUCAUGUACUGGAAGCACAAAAGGCACACAGAAUGAGUAUUGUCAGCAUAAAUUCAAUGUCUAAAGGAAGGAGAGUAUCACAAAUUGAAGAUGCCAGGCGAAUGUCACGAGCUACGAUUAAUGGGGAUAAGACAACAAUACUCCCUCCAAUCAGGGGAUCUGGUGUGUCAGGCUCCCUGAAUGAUCUCCAAGAGUCCACAAGAUGGGAGGCAGCUAAUCGUACUAGUGUCCGCCCCGAGUGGCUCUCGGACACAGAGAGUGGUUCGGGCUCUGGCCUCACUUACUCCCUGGAUGACCUACAAGAUAUGUCUCAUUGGGAGGCAGCAAGUCGAGCAGGGGUACGGCCGGAGUGGCCUUCUGAUACCGAGUCCAGGCAUUCCAGUGACAACAGGGAUGAUGAACGUCCGCCAUCCAGAGAGAGGAUGAUUGUUCGCAAGUCUUCACGGGAACCUCAAGCCUUUGCACGUGCUCGCGUGUUGUAUCCCGGACCAAAGAUAUCACCUAUCUUUGAAUCAUGCGAUUUGGAAAUGGACAAAAAGUGUGAAACAUGUUUCGACAUUGAGGAGCGACAGCCUCUUACAGGGCUUGAGAGAUUCCGCCAUGCUGCCGUCAGUGCCAUGAUGGGUGGGAGGAAAAUGCGCCCAAUAACAACUCCACGCCAUCCCAAACUGGCAGAUGUUGUAACAAAAGUGAAAACUCUCAAUGAUGCAGUCAAACAAGGCAAAGCCCCAGAAGGAGAACUUGCAGGGAAGUUCACAUUUGCAUCAGAUAGAUAUGCUGUCCUGGAGAGUGCUGGCAAUCUGGAGAUCGAUGUUUUGUUCCACAGGCAGAUUCCCCCAAGGGGUCCUGUUGACAUUGUUAAUCAAGAGAAGGUUGUUUUCAAGAAUGGUAGUGCCACAAGCCAGGGCGUGCCUUCAUCAAAGGACACAGAGUCUUCUAUUCACAUUGGAGUUGUGUCGGUUGACUAUGAAACCAGGGAGGGAUCGGCCAAGCCUGGCAAAGACUUCACGUACACUCAAGGAAAAUUGACAUUCAAAGAAAAUGAAUACCGGAAGACGUUUUCUAUCCCAAUAGUGAACGACAACCAGUAUGAAGCUGAUGUUGAUUUCUAUUUGAUACUGAAGAAUCCUCAAGGUCAGAGUGGACUGGGUGAUCCGAGUGUGGCCAGGGUCACAAUUGUGGAUGAUGACGAGCCAGGAGAGUUCCUGUUUGAGGAAGCCCAUUACCAUGCUGAUUUGAAGGAAGGCAAGGUGACAGCUAGGAUCAUCCGGGAACAUGGUUGUGAUGGAAAAGUCAUGCUGGAAUACUCCACAAUAGAUGGUACCGGCACAGGGGGCAAGAUUCUGGGACCAGAUGUUGACUACAUCACUUCAAGUGGCACUGUUGAGUUCAGCCAUGCAGAGACGUCCAAAACAAUAUCAGUUGAUGUUAACAAGGACACAAAGCAUGCUAUCAACUUCAUCAUUGCUCUGCGAAACCCCAGUCUUGGUGCUCGUAUUGGCAUGCGGAGUGCAACAGUGUGCCACAUCAAUAAGGAUGAUGAACUGGUGGAGAGGAUAGCAGAUGUCAUGGAAGAUGAAUUUGAGGAGCCACAAACCUGGGGAGGGCAGUUUAGAAAUGCCAUGACUGUGGGAGGAAGUACAGAUGAUGAUGGCAAUGAUGUACCUCCCAAAUGGUUUGAUUACUUCAUGCAUUUCUUCACAUUCUUUUGGAAGAUCUUCUGUGCACUAAUUCCACCAACGUCUUAUCUUGGAGCUUGGCCUGCAUUUGUGAUUUCCCUGGUUUUCAUUGCUGGUAUGACAGCUGUGGUGGAACAGCUGGGCCAUCUGCUGGGAUGUGUUGUUGGGUUAGAGACAAGUGUGACUGGCAUCACAAUUAUAGCACUUGGGACCAGUGUGCCAGACACAUUUGCCAGUCGAACAGCAGCUAAGCAAGAUGAGCAUGCAGAUGCCGCCAUAGGCAAUGUUACGGGCAGUAACAGUGUCAACGUGUUCUUGGGUCUUGGGCUGCCAUGGGUACUCAGCACUAUGUAUGCACUGUACCAUAAGAAAUCAUAUCAUGUGAAGAGCACCAACCUUACUCAGAGUGUCAUUAUCUUUGGCGUAUGUGGCACACUUUGUAUACUACUGCUUCUACUCCCGGAGAAAGUUGUUCGGUGGAGAAUUGGGUGGCCGCAAUUCUACUGUGAAGUGGAUGACAAGUACUUUUCUGUUUGCCCUCUGGAUCCUUUACAUUAUACUGUCCAGCCUGCAGGCAUAUGGUAAAAUCGAUCUUAAGUUCUAGGCUGUUGGAUGAAGAACUACAUGCUGGGGCUGCCUAGCACACAAGAUACACACUCCAUCUGUAACAAAUGGAAUACGUUGUAGAAGAUUGCUGUUGUCCAAGAUGUUUUGAGUGCAUUGCCACUGAACGGAUUAGCAUCAACCAUAGAACCUUAGCAUUGAAGUGUGUCUUACAUGUAGAGGAGGAUAGACAUUCCAUAACUGACAUAUUCCUCUCUGAUGGCUGAUGUAAUUGGCAGAGCUGUGAGUGGAGUAUGUGUGAUAAGCUAAUUUAUUCUUACCUUGCAUGGCAACAGACACACCCAGGAGGAUUGUAUUUUUAUCAGAAGCUAUCCGUUGUUCUUGAUAUUGGCUAGGACAGAUUUGAGGUGAAGGCAUGUCAUGCUGAAGAUACUACAAAAUAGUCACCAUCCCUGUGUGUAAACAAUGUGGGUAUGUAAUCCAUAGAUAGGUGUACUGUAGAUACACCAACACAAGGGUGUGCCAGUCAGUCUUGCUACAGGUUGGUAACUAUUCAUCGGUCUUGCCAUUUUACAGUAUUUGAUUACUGUUGACAUUUGUUGUAGUUAUUGUCAGUUGUACUUUGUUUUGAACGGUGUUACUUGUUUCAAUGAGAUGAUAAAAUUUAGUGAUUUAAACCUACCGAUAUAAAGAUGACACCAGCUUGGUAUAAAUGGACCAGAGAGUAUUUUGUCAUGUAUAUAGGCAUUGCCCUCUCCUGUCAUCAUGAUCAUGUUGAAAGUAUUCAUUAAUUGACUGUACAUUCAUACUAGGUAUGCAGGCAUUAAUAUUGGAUAUAUACAACAGAACUAAGUUAAACUUGCUGACUUAUGUGUACAUAUAUGUAUAAAUAUUUAUUUUCUAUUCCUAUUUUGCCAAAGACAUACUACGUAUGAAUUAUGAAUAUAGAAUUGUUAAUUCAUUUAUCAUUGUUUCCAUGAUCUCAUAAAUGUGGCAUGCUGUAUUUGUAAACAUUAACAUUUGAAGUGUCUGGUAUUUUUUAGUGAAACUCUAAACAAAUCAAGAACCUAUACAAGUUGGGGUUUGUUGUUUUUUCAGUGAUAAGCACUACCAGUUUUACAGUGUAAACAGAGUACAUGUUUUUUUCUCAAGUAAAAUUGAGUAGCUUGGAAGAUGUGAGCAAGCAGAUGUUUUUAUUUAUGCUUGUAUUCAUACCUCAUUUCCCCAUCAACUUGUAUUUUGGAGGAAUGAACGUUUCAUACCAAUCAACACAGCAUCCAAUAUGAUUUUUGGACUCAUAAUGUCAUGACAAACCCUGUUGUUUUUUUAUGUAAUCCAUCCUGUCCCCAUACUUGGCAAUCAUCCCUGAAAUCGUCUCCCAGGUUGCCACUCAUCCCCAUGCCCCAGGUACAGACAAGGUGUCUGGCAUGGUCCAGCAGACCGUUGCCUCAGUCCAAGCAUUACCUAUCUGUGAUAACUACAUUGCCUGUUGAUUGUAUACACCUAUUAUUUCCAAGGUUGUGUUCAGGUUUGUGUACCUACAGCUACUGAUUUCAUUUCUCAGUAGUAGAGCAUGUAUAGCUGUUAUCUACCGCAGUUUUAUCUAUGAUUUCAAACUACGUGUGUGGCCGUGAAUUUGGGUAAAAAUUUGGAUUGUUUGUAAAGCUAUUACUUCCUUUUCUUCAGAGGGUUUUUAACACUGCAUUCAGUGGAACAAAGUGAAAGUAAGCAUUUAAGUAUCUUUCAGUGUCAUAGAAGUCAUGCUUGAACAUUCUAAAAAUUGGGAAUUCCUAUGUUUCUGUUUUGACUGAAGUCUGAUGUAGACAAAAGGCCAGAAAUUGUAAGAUGGAUGUAACAACUAAUAUAAUCAUCUGCAGUAGAUAAGUUCCUGUACUGUCAGCAAGCGUCUGUAGCUACAAGAUAUGAGGAAAGUACAUUUUGAGCAUUAGUGCUUCAUUUUAUUAUUUUAGUAAGAUUUGAUUUGAUUUCUCUGUGUUAAUGUUAGCCAGUAUUUGCAUGCUUGUGAAUCACUGCAAUGUAUUUAUUCUGUUUGAAAUACUCAAGUUUGCAUAGAUAGCUCAGUUUAUUCUUUUUUGUUUUGUACAGCAUGUCAUUAUCAUAUUUGUUACUGCUCACAAGAGUAUGUGAGUAUUCAGUUGUUGCUGCAUAGUAGGAUUGUGUUGUGUAUACUUUGAUGGGUGUGAAUACUGAACUCAUUAAGUCUGCACAACAUGUUUUGAUAUUCCUUAUUGUUGGUGAAUAGUUGAACACCUUUUGACCUAAUUCAGUCUCAUAGUUAGGUAAUAUUUGUUUUGAUCUUGUUAAGGCAAUUAUCCUUGGAAAUGCCAUCAAAGUAAAAGUUCAGUGCCUUUUAGUAUGUUUUUUAUUCCUUUUUUUCACAUAGAGCUCUUUAUGCAUUGAUGACUUAGUUACAGACUUAGGCCAGUCCUUGUGUGUUACUUGGGUCAGAAAGACAUGUAGAUGGAAGACAACAUCAAACAGUGUUUUGCAAAAGGCACCAGACCAAAAGGGAAUACACACUGUUCUGUUUCUCAUGCAGAAACUAGCAAAGCAAUAAUGGGAUCCAGUUAAUAGACAAGUUGGCCUUAAAGAGACUAGAUAUGUUUCUCCCUUUAAAGAUACAUGCUUUUUCUCAUCCUGUUCCGUUUUUUUUAACAUACUCAGCAAAUAUUUUAGGUUGCCAGUCGAUUAAAAAAAAAUGAAAACAUAAAUAAAUAAAUACUUGGUUCAUAUGAAAUGUCUGUAAUAGAGGACUUACUACAUGUUGGAUUGAUUUUUUUGCAUUGUGUGCACCUCACCUGAAGGAGAAGAUCCUCCUCGUCCUCCUCUCUACAGUGUUAAUCUGGAGACAGUUGGCCAGACUGACACCAUGUGCCAUCCAGUGUACAUAUUGUUGAAUGUUAUCAUUUUCAUUGACAGAUUAGCAUCUGUACAAAAUGUGUGCUAUUUUCUUACUGUUAGAUGGUCUUCUAUCAUUCCUAGCUCGAAGUUGGUCUGACAAGUAGAGAAGACAACUUGCCUUUCACUGAGCAAUAAGAUGUGAAGACUGUUUGUUUCCUUAAAAGAUACACUGUUUUUACUAUUUUCAAGAGAUUGCUCAACCUUUGAAUAACUAUUUAAUGAAUGUAAAAUUGCAGAUGCACUCUGACUCUGCUCAUCUGGAUUCCAUUAAUCAAGAUAUUUUUUUCGUUGACUUUGAUCAUGGCUGUAUGUCUUUAACAAUACCAGACCAUUGAAGUUUCCCAGUUUCUGAUACAUGUAAAAGUAAAGCAAUAUAACAUGACCACAAUAGAAGCUGUAAAAGAAUAUUUUUGUUCUGAUUCAGACAUUUAUACUUUAUCCAGAUGAGCUACCUGAUGAUUUCAGUUUACUUUUGCAGCUCCUUCAUGGGGUCUGUUUUUCUCUAUCUCAAAACUUGACAACCCAGAGAUGAAAUUUGUACGUGAUGUUACUCAAAAGGUUGAGCAAAAUUAUCCAUGAAUGUUUGGUCAAACAAGAACGGCACCAGCCAUCACACCAUCUCCUACAUUUGUCCAGUCAUCCCAACGUACAUCUUCAUUUCAACCGUGGGACAUUCAGCAGGUGGAAAAAUAAUUUGAUAUCAGUGUUAAACAUGAUGUCUUUCCAAAAACCAUAACAUCUGAAGAAAGCUAAUCAAAUAAUUGCAGUGAUGGUAGACUGGCUAAGUGAAUGACCAACCAGUCAUGGACUUGAAAGGACUUGCAGUUUAUCUGCCUUUAUGGCAGAAUCUCUGUUCUCAUGUUAAUUACAGUUGUGCCACACAUUCUCAAAUGGGAAAUAAAGUUUGAAGUUUUAUCAA